CGGGCGGAGUCAGCUGCCAAAGCGGCAAGACUUCACACACACACACAGAGCCCAGCCUCCUUGCCGGGUCCAGAGCCGAGGCCCAAAGGGGCCAUUGGCGGGAGCCAAUGAAGACACUACUGACCAUGACCAUCCUAGCUGUGGGAUCCCUAGCCGCUCACACUGCUGCUGACAAGUCUGGUCUCCUUCGAAAUGUGAAAUUCCGGUCCAGCAACUUUGAAAACAUCUUGAUAUGGGAGGCUGGACCCAACAGCACCCUGGACACGGUCUACAGCGUGAAGUAUAAGAGGUAUGGAGAGAAUGAGUGGCUGGCCAAGGCAGGCUGCCAACUGAUCACCCGGAAGUCCUGCAACCUAACUCUGGAGACGGGCAACCUCACCGAAUUUUACUAUGGCAAUGUCACAGCUAAGAACCCAGGAAAUCAAGGACAGGAGAGAAGUGGCCGCUUCAGCCCACAGCAACACACCACCAUCAGACCACCAGACGUGACCUGUAUCCCCAAAGUGAGGUCUAUUCAGAUGCUGAUCCACCCCACCUUCACACCCAUCCUCUCGGAAGAUGGUCACCGGCUAACCCUGGAGGAGAUUUUCCCCGACCUGUUCUACAGCUUAGAACUCCGCGUCAACCACACCUACCAAAUGCACCUUGAAGGCAAACAGAGAGAAUAUGAGUUCCUUGGCCUGACUCCUGACACAGAGUUCCUCGGGUCCAUCACAGUUUUGGCUCCGAUGUGGUCCAAGAGAAGCGCCCCCUACGUGUGUGAAGUGAAGACAUUGCCUGACCGGACGUGGGCCUACUCCUUCUCCGGUGCCGUGCUGUUCUCCAUGGGUUUCCUUGUCGGCUUGCUCUGCUAUCUAGGCUACAAAUAUGUCACCAAGCCACCCGUGCCUCCUAACUCCCUGAACGUCCAGCGUGCCCUGACCUUUCAGCCCCUACGAUUCAUCCAGGAGCACGUGCUGGUCCCUGUCUUGGACCUCCGUGGCCCGGGAAGUCAUGCUCAGCCCAUCCAGUACUCUCAAGUGUUGAUCCCCGGGCCCAGGGAGCUGCCUGGAGCUACACAGCGGCACAGCCUGCCUGAGGUCACCUACAUAGGACAGUCAGAUGCCUCCAUCCUCCGGCCCACCAACGUGCCACCUCAGCAGACAUUGUCCCCACCGUCCUAUGCCCCAAAGGCUGUCACCGAGGUCCAGACCCCUUCCUAUGCACCUCAGAUAGCUUCUGAUGCCAAAACUCUGGUCUACUCACCACAGCAGCUGAUGAAGACCCAACCUUCCACCUAUAAUGCGCAGGGCGUUCUGGAUAGCUGGGCUGCUUCCUAUGCUGUGUGUGGCGAAGACACUGGCCAAGACUCCACUCCUGAGGUCCUCUCCAGUCCCAAACACCUCAAGUCCAAAGGUCAGCUCCACGGAGACACACUUGCUGAAAGUUGUCUCCCAGGGGACCUUUCUCUGCAGGGAGUCACCUCCUUGGCUGACAAGGAGGCAAAAAGACCAAAAUCACUCCCCCCACCUCUGGGGUUUUGCACAGGCAGAGGGCCUGACUUUAAGGCACUGCACAGUGAUGAACCAGAGACACAAGGGUACCUGAAGGGGGCAUUAUCCCUCCUGUCCUCGGUCCAGAUCGAGGGCCACCCUGUCUCCCUCCCUUUGCACACCCAUUCCCUCUCAUGUUCCCCCUCCGACCAGGAACCAAGUCCCUGGGGCCUGCUGGACUCCCUCGUGUGUCCCAAGGACGAAGGUCUGGAGGCUGAGACUGAGCCCAGUGCUGCAGCGUCUGAGCUGGAGCAGCCCACAGAGCUGGACUCUCUUUUCAAAGGCUUGGCCCUAACUGUGCAAUGGGAAUCCUGAAGGGAGAUCAAAGCGAGCAGGCCUGGGCACCCUCCUGCCUGACCCCCGCUGACAACCCCACACCCACAGGCUCUAAGGCCUAGCCCCAGGUGGGUACCCUGGUGAGAGCCAGCAAAAGGAAGAUUUGGGCCCCAAGUGGGAACACGAAUGUACGGUGAAGGCUCUAAGGGAGAGACGACAGGCGGGCAGCAUAUUCAAAUGGCCUGUGCCACCGAGCCCAGCAGGUAAGACAGAGGGAGCUGUAAUGCAGGAGACCUUCCUAGAGACCCGUGCCACCCCGUCCCUCAGCUCCUAGGCCAUUGGGCCAGAGGCUGCCUAUCUUCACUUACUUUCUGACCAGCUCCCUAAUCUAAUUUAGCCAAGGGUGAGACAGCCACCUUCUCUGAAAGAGCUUGGGUUGGAAGCCAGGGGGCCCAGCACGCCCGCACUUCCACCAAGGCCAGAGGCAGCACUGUGGCAAGACUUCCGGGCAGAGUGUGGCUAAGGGCUCACUCCCUGCCGCCGAUCCCUUCUUUGCUCUUCUGUGGGAGGCUUCACUCUGGAAUGGCCCGUCAGUCCAUCGUCCAUCAUAAGAUGAAGGGGGUGCCGCACAAAACUCUUCUGCAAGUAGCGGUCCAGAGAAAAGCAUUUGAACGGGACAUGGGACCAUGAAACCCAGAGGCUUUAGAAUCUCAGCACGCCUGGGCUCACACUCCGGCCUCUCCACUAUAUGACAAGUGGGUUAGCUAGCUCAGAUUUUAGCUUCCUCAUCGAUGAAACAGGGAUCAUCACGUCCUCCUUCCGAGGAUGGCAUUAAUGUCUGGGAGGUGCUUUGUAGCAGGGCCCAAAACACAGUCAUUGUCUUCUGCUAGGAUUUUUUUUUUUUAAUCUGAAAACACAAGGGAGGGCCUCCUCCCGUUCGUGUCGGCUCAUGGGCGUCUUCUCGUGGGAAAGAGCCUGUCGUAGGCAGGGACUGGGCUAUCUAGGGCAGACAGGAGGAGUCUCUACAGGGCUUUCUGGAAACAGGCCCAGAGGCAACAGAUGGCACAGAGCCUUCUCUUUGAGGUUGGAGGUGGAAGCAGUCUGGACAGAGGCCAUCACAGGGCCUCCUUGGCAUGGAGGGAGCCCCAGGCCUGUCUGCCCCAUCUCACGAUACCAUGGCGGUACAACACCACCCUGGCCCCCUAAUCCCGUGCCUGUACCCAAGAACAGGAAGCAUCUUUUACUCCCUGCUGACAGGAAGCCAUGCCCAUUAGACCACUCCCAUCUCAGACAGGCCUUACCAGGAGGAACCCAAGACCCGGGCCUACCCAAGGCUCUGCCGUGGAGUUGGCCCUCAAACACAGGGCCUUUUGUGUCGAGCAGGUGCUCUCUACCCUGUUGAAAUUCUUGGGGGCUGAGCCUGACCGAACACAGAGAAGAAAGGGCCCCUUAAAGCGUUCCUGAGAGAUAAGUGCCCUCCCUAUCACCUUCUUGCCCCAAAUUUCUGAGACACAACACCAAACUCCAUCUGCGUCACAGUGGCCUUCCACUGUCCUCACCUGUUUCCCCUUCUCUUCCCCACCUCACUCCCUUAAUGGCACAGGGUGACAGGUGGGGCUCUUAUCUGUACAUCAUUAAUAUUUAACCUCCCUCCGAGGUCACUGACCCAGUAUCUCUGACCAAAGGUUAACUGCCUCUCCUUUGUUUAUGAGUAAAAAGAACGGCGGGCCUGUUCUGACUUGGUCAGUGCACCCAGAGGUGUGGAGAUGCUUUUAUGGAAGGCCAUAAACUGGCUGCCAUCUCCCAGAGCUAUGCAUGUGGCAACCAUAACAAAAAAACAAGGGAGAAGCAGGAGUGUCUAAGGAGGAGCCUGUGGUACCCCGAUCUGGGGGCCCCUCUGGGAUCACCACACACACUCCUCCCCUGGCAUCCCAGGCCUAUGGCUGGGUUGGGUCCUGCUAGAAGGCAGGAUGUCAAAGUUCUUCCAUGUCUCGAGUGAGCUUGGCUUUCCUGGGAACCCUCCCCUGCCCUAUAACCUGGAAAGCCUCCAGCUCUGCCUGCUGUGCCCUGUCCCACCUAGAGAAAGGUGAGUCCCCAAGUCACCUGCUUCACAAGCAAAGACAAAGAAAAGUGACCGCAGCAUUUCCCCAACCUUAUCCUCCGGGGAGGGGGUCCAAGACCCCAGACCCCUAUCCAGCUGGAACCCACGAGCUGGGUGCAGCCAAGGAAAGCUGGGACUGCGUCCCAACAUGAAAUAGUAAACCUGCUUAAAACAUCA